CUAAAAACAGGCUUGAGUCUGGGGCUUCGGGGACACUUGUCUUCUGCCUGCCUGUCGUCAAUCACACAGUGGCCAGGGACAAGAACUUUCGUACGCGACUCAGCUGCACCACCACCAUCAUUCACGAUGCAUGUCCUCGAACUUCGCCAAAGGGCUGCGCCCAGUUAGUGUCUAUUGCUUCUUCUCUUCCGUCUUUUGUCACAGUGCGCGUGUGUGUUGUUUAUUUUGCUCCCUUAUUUUUCCGCGAAAUCGGAGCUUGUUGUGCCGUCCCUCAAAAGAACAAAAGUAAAAGAAGGAAAAGAUGGGCUCGAUAGUGUUAAAAUCGUUGUCCAUCCUAUUGGGCUUGUUCUUCGUGUUUGUCGGCACAAUGAAGCUCACCUCGCACAUCAGCAAGGACCUUCACAAGGACCUCAGGAAGGAGUACGUCAAGUAUGCGAAGGUGUUCCCGUUGGCGAGUACACUGGAUUUCAAAGUACCAAGCAAAUGGUAUCGGCGAGUCGUUGGCUCACUCGAGAUCGUCUGUGGAUUGGCUAUGGCACUUAUACCGAGUUAUAAAAUAAAAAACGCUUGUAACGGAGUGCUGCUACUAUUAAUGGUAAUGGCAGUAUAUUCCCACUACAUGGUCAACGAUAAAUUCGAGAGGAUUGCACCGGCACUAGUAUUUUUCUUCAUGUUGACAGGCCGUUUGGUAAUAGACUGGCAAUUGCGACGGAAAGAGGUACAAGCGGCGACGACCAACGGUAUAGAUGAUAAAUCGAAGAAACAAGACUGAAACGCUUAUUAUUGUUGACAACCUUGACAAAACAGAGCAAAAACAAUCCUUGAACAAAACAAUUAACAAAAAACAAUAAAGUAAAAGAAAACGAAAACAAUACCCACCCAUCGCGAGCCAAUAAUUCGGUUCGACAAAACUAAAUAAAGGGUAAUAUGCUACGACGACAAAAGUGAGUCAAAGAGAGGUUGAAAGCAAUUCUAGUCACGAAAAGAGAAAAGCCAACCUUGUCACUUAUUGUUCUUGCAUAAAAGCCAACGACGGUUUGUUUAAAUACGGGCUUUUGUAUUUUAUAAGUGAGCUCAAAGCGACCAAUCGAACUAUACGUUACCUAUAGGCUUUUUAUAGAAAAGAGGAUAAUCUCCAUUGCCAAACGCGCUCGCGUGAAAAUCAAUCUAGUCUGGCGAGCACGUGUGUAUAUACACACACACACACACACACACACACACACACACACACACACACACACACACACUCUUUUACACGAGUGCACAGUGAAUAUUAUGACAGGAGGCAUUAUUAUUGUAUUGAAGAAUUAACAUGCUUUUCUUAAAAUUCAAAUAAUUCUUAUAGUUGAAAUUGUACUGAUUUUUCGUUUCUAUCUUACACACAUAUUCGAUUUGUUUUUCUUUUGUUAUGUGAAAUUAAUUAACGUAUUUACGUUGGAUUCUACCUAGUAUUAAAUCGUAUCAAUAUAUUUAUGAAGACAAUGUUGGAUGAUGUGCGUUUUUAAAUUGCAAUAUUUUGUGUACCGUGCACAAGUUUUUACACUUAAUACGCUGAAAAAAUAUACAAUGCACAUUUGUAUACUUAAAAGAAAUCAAAUAGAGACAAUGCACAGAUGCGUCGAGUAGUUAUGCACGAUCGAAUUUAAUCUAAUGAUGUUAUAGUAAUUAUAUCUACGAUUAUUUAUGAAAUUUUUAACAAAUUUUUUUCUUUCAAGCCUAUGAAUCGAUCAGCAAAAAUGUGUUAAAUAAAAAUAAUUAUAUAUUUCUGGUUUGAACUUCUAUCAAUAAACAUAAAUAAUACAGCAGCAAGCAAUACAGUUUUCAACGAACGUUUCUUAAGUUUCUGGAAUUUUUUUCUUUCAGUAUCCGUUUAUUAUUGAGAAAUGCCUCUUUUUCGUUUAAAAAGACAAAGUUUGUUCAAUUGCGUUC